AAUAACAGGAACUGGAAAUUUCUGAGAAAGCAGAACUUCCGACUGAGAUGGGGGCUGAGCUCUACGAGGGACCACCCUACAGCAUCCGGGGAUACCCCAAAAAUGGUCAGGGCUCGGCAUUAUAAGUGCACUUCCCAGCCCUCCUUCACUGGCGCCCAAGCCUGCAUCCCACCACCCUAAGACAUGUACACGGAGAAGGAGGUCAAGAUGGGGGCACCUCAAGGCUCAGUCCCCUUGACGAGCACCGUGAUCAACAUGCAGACGGAGACCCCUGGACGAGACUACGUCGUCUGGUCCCUGUUCAACACCCUCUUCCUGAACUGGUUCUGCCUGGGCUUCGUGGCAUUCGCCUACUCCGUGAAGUCCAGGGACCGGAAGAUGGUGGGCGACGUCCUUGGGGCCCAGAGCUAUGCCUCCACCGCCAAGUGCCUGAACGUCUGGGCCCUGGCGCUGGGCAUCCUUCUGACCAUUGGAGUCAUCGUUCUUCUCUCCACUCGCUUACAGUGUACCUGUCUCCUGCCCGGGGUGACAUCCGGCUGCCACUACGCCCUGCUGCUGCUCCCCCAGCCCCCAGGCUCUGUCCCGGCUCCUCUGGAAGGGUGGAGGGAAGGACAGGGCAGCUGGAGGAGCGAGCAGCACCCAUCCUCAGCGCCAGGCACUCUGGUCCCUGCUAACUUCCUGCAGAACUGCCCUGACCAGGAGAUCAGCUGCCUUCCUGGUUCCCUCCCUGCCCAGGACGAGUGGGCACUUGGGGUGCCCCAGGGCAGACUGCCCACAACCAGCUGGACUGUGGGGGGCGCUGAGGUGCACCUGGCCCUUUCCCCACCCCGUCCGUCUUGAGCUCACCCGUCACUCUCCUCACUCUGCCCUGCAUCCCCCAACCCUCAGAAGUGGCUGCUGGGUAGGGGUGCCAGGGUGGGCCAUGGGGAGUACCCGCCCCCCAGGCGUCCCAGGUGUGUGAGUUCGAAGGGGCACAGCCCCAGGGAGAGUGGGUCCUGGAAGAGCGGAGCCUGGCGGACCUGCCACGCUGGGUCUGGGAAGGACUCCGAGGCAGGGAGGGGCUGGGGGACAGCUGGGACCCCAGCUAGGGGAGGGGGCACCACGUGUGAUGGUGAUCCCGGCUGGUGGAGAGGGCAGGCGGGCAGCACUCAGGAAGGGCCGGGGUCUGGACCCCACAGACUCUCCUUCCAGCUCUUCCACAGCCUUGGCCUCCUGUGCGUGGUCUCACACCCACCUCUUCACGGGCUGCACACGCCCACCUUUCCUGGAGCCCCUCGGGGUGACCGCCCACCUCACCCUCCAGCUGGGCUUUCCUUCCCGACUCCAAGGACAGAGCGCGUAAUGCUGGGAAACUCACCAAAUGCCUGUGCCAACCCGGAGGUUGGGGGCGGCCUCCCCUGCACCCAGGCGGACGCUGGGAAGCAGACGAGUUGUUGGAGGUGGGGGCUGGGGUCGCCAUCUUCCAUGGGCCCGCGGCAGAGAGUUCUGGACACAGUCACGGAUGUGUCCCUCGGGGCACAGCAGGAGGACGGGCACCAGGGUGCCCUCGGCUUCCAGCAGCCAAGGAAGCAAGGACGGCAGACCAGGAUGUGGGGCAAAUCUCUUGUCAGUUCAAGACCUUGCCUCUGUUUUGAGCUGGUCUUCGGACCUGAUCCCCUCGGGGGCAGGAGAGGGCACAUCCCUCGAGCUGUCUCCAAGGGAGCGUGUGGCAGGUCCCGGGAAAUGGGGUCAUGGCUGUGGGUUUCCUGAAGUCUUAGGAAGAGCUGGGCUCGGGGCCUGGGUCGGUGUCUCCACAACACAGUGUGGCCCCCUUUCAUGUGAGGCUCCUGGGUCCAAAGAAUCAGGGGCCUCCAGGCUUUAAUCAGGCUCUCCGUGGGGCCCGUCCCCAUCCAGCUGGCAUCUCCACUGCGGGGGGUGGGACGGGAGGACACGUCAGGGGAGGUCUUCUGGGUGAGAGCCAGGGUCGUGGGGCUGGCUGGUGGGGACGUCUGGAAUUGCGCCCCAACACCCACCCUAGCAGGGGAAAUACCAAAACCAUAUCCCAUCCUGGGAAGGAGCAGCAAUCGCGCCGCCUCAAAGCCCAGUGGGUGCAGGGUGCCCCCGACACACUCCUCCAUUUCACUGACCAGUCUGACCCCAGACCCAGACGGUCCUGUCGGGCGCGGUGGACGGCGGCCGAUCAGCCCGUGGGAGUCCAAGCGCAGCUGCUGUGCCAGACGGACACCAGCCCGGCCUCGGGGCUGGGGCGUGUGGACAGGGAUCUGGUGGAGGUGGUCUUUCCUACCUACCUCUAAAGCCGGACACGGGCUGCCUGGGGAGCUGGCGGCGGAACUGUCUGCCACAGGAGGGUUGUGUCAGACCCACCCAGAGGGAGGCUGGGGUGCCCCGAGCAGCUGGGCCUUUGAGGAUGGAAGUGGAACAUCCCAGGUCAAACAGGCAAGGCUGUCCUGACCCCGAGUCACCACCGGGGCUUCCCAGUGCCUGUGCCCUGCUCCCGCCCGGGCUGCGGGGGACCCUGGGGACCAGAAGAUGGGAAGGAUGGGAAGAAUUCCCAGCUUGGUUUUGCCAGAGUGAGGGAGAGAGCUGGACACAGAUAGGGCUGGCACCCCAGCUCAUGAAGGGUGGCCUGAACACCCGGAGGGGAGGGUUCCCUUGGGCAGACCUUGAGCGGGACACCGGCCACUCGCUCUGUGGGGAGAACUGGACGCUAACAGAACAGAGGGAACAAAGGUUGUGGUCACCUUCCAGGAGCUGACGGGGGAAGGUGGCAGGUGAGGACCAGGGGCUGGGAUGGAGGCAGGGGACUAGGCAGGAAGGGUGAGACAUGAACACCCUACUUUCAGGAUAAAAUCCAGGUUUUGGGGCACAGGUGCCCACUUACGGCAAUGUUGUGAGCUGAUUCGAAGCACAGCCAUACUGAAAAUUAAAUCGGCUAAACUAUGAAUCAUAUCAAUUAUGCAGGAGAAAAGUCAGCAUUUCCCAAAGCACAGCUGUGGCGAUUAAAUUCCCCACGGCCUAUGGUCACCUCUGCACUGAAGGCCUCUUCUGUCUGCUGGGUCCGCCACCUGGUGGAAAGCUGCCCAGGGCAGAGCUACGGCCCCGCACUGGCCACAAACACGGAUGUCGCGCUGGUGGAGGGAACAGCCUCGGCUGGAGCAUCAUCCCAGACGCAGGCAGGGGCAGCGCGUCAGGGCCUGCGGGCGUCCGCCCCGCCCCCGCCGACCUCACCCCAGACCGGGCGCCAGGCCCAGGCCUCAGACUGCCCACGCGUGCACGUCCGCCCAGGCGAUCAGGGCGGCCUUCUGGGUCGGUGUGGGCCCAGCAGGAGAACAGGCCACACCAGGUGUCUCAAGAUGAGGAGGACUUGAAACGAGGAGCGGGUCACAGAGAACGCCUGGGUCCGUGGGCCCGGAGGUGCUCAGGGCGGGGGCAGCUGACGCCUGUGAGGGAGCCCAGGGCAGCGGCGGAAGUGGUCAGGGCCUGGACAGCUGGAGGAGGCCCCAGGGCCAGAGGCCUGCCUUCUGGGGGGCGUGGGGGCCACUGGGGGCCCUGAGCCCACGGGAGCCAACUCGGGUGAGGCCUGUAGGUCCUAGCAGGACAGUCCGGCCCGGACCAUCGCAUCCCACCCGCUCCUCCACCCAGGUGGUAAGGGCGCAGGCGGCACCCAAGACGCUGCCGUCCCUUAGUUUCUGGAGAGCUGAGUCCUGGCCUGAGCUGAGCUGACCCCGUCCAUCCCUGAGAAGGGGGCACAGGGCCCACAGCCAAGGAGCUGUCCCACCAACACCCAGUUCCUGUGUGAAAUGCCAGGGGUGGGGGGAAGGAGGGAGGCAGCGGAGGUGGGCCGCACAAGCACGCAGGCCCUGGGCCCCGAAGCUGCUGCCUAAGGUCUCCCACCACGGCUGCCUCCUCGGGUCAGCAGCUCCCAGUGUCCUGCUCAUGGGAGCCCUUGGGAGAUCAUGGGAGGCUCCCCCGGGGCAGGCAACACGGGCUUCUGGGUGCCCACCUGCAGCCAGGCAGGCCCCCAAGCCCGCCUGGAGCUCGGACUCAGAACCUGGACGGCACAGUGCGCGUCAGGGGGAGGGUGUGCAGCUGCGGUGUGGGCUCUGGGGUGCGGCUCCCUCUGGGGGCUGGGGUGUGGGGGCUGUGAGGGGCUGGCAGGGCCCUGCGUGGGGGCAGGGAGGGCCUGCAGCAGGCUUGGGUCCCCAGACCCCCAGGCCAGGGAAGAGCCCCCGGGGCCUGACCACACCCCUAUAUAGGGGUGGGGGCGGCUGAGCAGGAGUGACUUGAGUAGGAAGGGAAGCAGAACUCAUCACCCCAAAAUACGCCUCCUUGUCAUAUUGACCAUUUGCAGCUGGUUACACCGUGGAGACGCUCCGAAGCUGAGUAAAGGUCGCACUUUGCAGGAGACAUUUACUGCACAGAGGGAACCUGUUUGUAAGGCUGUCUCCUCUUGUGCCAGGAAGGGGGACGACUCCUUUCUCGAAAGUCUUGCGGCUGGAGGCGGCAGGACUUGGGGCUGCAUGAGGCCGGACCCUUGUUCGUGUGCUGUUCCGGGUCCCCCCCCAACAGGCCUCUGCCCCCGGCGCCAUUGGUCUCUGGUGGAGGUGGCACUUCGGGUGGUGGCUCUGAUACAGGAAAACAUGGGGCGAGAGGAUGGCCGUGUCCCAUGUCGGGUCUGAGCCCCUGGGACGCGCCCCGCCAAGUGAGGGUCCUUGGCGUCGUGCAGGUAAGAAUUCCGGAUCGAGCCACGACUGAGACAAAGUGGAUUUACUCCUUAGACCGCGUGUGGGGCUGCUCCCGUGGGGAGGGAUCCAGAGGCCGCGAGGCGUGGGGUUGCUAGCUUCUCUGGGCUCGCGAGCUGCUUGUGCUGACAAGUGGGAGGGUUAUUCCAACCACUUCGGGGAAGGGGCAGGGGUUCCCAGGAACGGGGCCGCUGCCCACUUUUUGACCUUUUAUGGUCAGCCUCGGAACUGCCCCGGCCCCCGUGGGAGGGCCCUUCAGCAGGCUCUUACUUUACAAUGAGCCGGGAGGCUCAAGGUCAACCGGCACCAAACCUCCCGAAAUAUUGGUGCUAAUGGCUGUGUGGUUCCUUUAAUGGCUGUGCCCUGCCUGCCUCCCUCCUGUCGCAGCUUCAGCCAUUUCGGGGAGUUUCUCAGUUUUCCUGGGGGUCUCCCAUGUACACAGGAUGCAACGCAUGUUAUUCAACUCAUAUUCACUUUUUUCCAGACAACCUGUCUUUUUGAAACAGGGGAUCUCAGCCAAGUCAGGCCAUGGAGGGAGGAAGGAAAAUGUUCGGCCACCUCCAGCCUCUGGGACAGGAAGCGCCCUCUGAGCCCCCGGCCCCCCUCCCG